AUGCGACUCAGAGUUGUUGAAUUUCUUUCGUUUAGUAGAGUUUGCAAGUCAUGGAGGUCACUCGCACUCUCGAACAGGAAGAGGUUUAUGGCAUCCAAACCACCCAUGGCUAUGCUUCUUGAUAAGAAUACAUGCUACCUACAAGACUUUGAAGGAAGAGAGUUCAAAACCAUUCUUCCCCUUUCUGGUGAUAGGACAUGUAUUAGAGUAACUUGUGGUUACUUGAUUUUUAUGGGAGAGAAAACCCGUGACUUCUGGCUUGUGAAUCUUAUCACAAGGCAUGAACUUUAUUUCCCUGAUGUCCCCAUUGAUGUUGUUCGUCCUGAAGAAAGUAGACACGUGAGGGCUAUCCUUGUCUUUUCACCUUCAAUAAAUGGGUGGGUGUUUGUUAUGUUAGUUAGAUUCAAGUAUAAAAUAUGGUUUUCUAUAGCUGGUAAAAGAGCAUGGAAUCAUCUUUUCUCCACUCUCCCUCUCAUUGAUUUACAUCCUUUCAAGGGGAAGAUAUAUAUCCUAAGCAUGGAGGAUUCUGUGAUAGGGGGCACAUGUAUGGGAAAUGAGACUCGACCCUGUGCCUAA